GUGGAUAUCUUAUGUUAUAUAAAAGCCGACAGACAUUACAUAAAAAGUUAUGGCCCUUGAAAAUCAGACUUUAGCAGACGAGAGCUGAGGGAAAGAAAUUAUUGCCUAGCACUUGACAUUCUGAUUUUUUUCCCCUAGCGCUUCAGUUUACUGACAAUUUGUUACAUAAAUUGUGACGACACUCGGCAGAUCUCGCGCGCUAGGAGUGUUGAAGAAUAGUUCCAGGAACAGAGAGUGCUAAUAUCUUCAUUUUAUGGCCACCGACAAACUAACUGGAAUGAAUGAGGCACACAGAAGAAAGUAUUCAUGGGUCUGGCUUUGAACACGGGUUUUUUUUUUUAAUGCCAGUGUUUUCAUGUUCAUUCGCACUCUUGUCUUUUAACGGCCUGCUUUUAAAUUUUUCACUAGGAUGUUUAAAAUGCUGGAUUGGAUAAACUAGAAGAAAACAAAGUCUGACAAGUGACACAUGAUAGAAUUAGAAAAUGGUGAAGAGAACGCUUUCAGACGGAGAACUCUUCGCUCAGUCUAAAAAUCGCCACGAGUCAAACCACCUAAAGCUGAAGCUGGACGAGAUCAAGACUCAGGAGAUCCAGUCGAACGAAAUUAUCAGGCUAGAAAAACAUAAGUGGAGAGAAUUCCUGCGAACAAAUUCCAGAAACUCGGGGAGGAGUUCAGCCCUGAUGAACCAUGACAGCGAAGUCGUGGACGCAGAAAGCUCCAGAAAUAGGUGCGAUCCCCAGACCGUGGAAAAGUACCAGCGGCAGUGGGUGGUUACCUACCACAACCACUCGCACAAUAAAGUCUACAAAGAGAUCGAGCAAGCAGGGGCCAGCGUGCAGAGGUCACUUAAAUCACCUCGCGCUACAGUCUCCGUCAGCGGUAGUAGCUCUCCUAACGGCGAGGUACCUAGUUUAUCUAAACACGUCACAGCCGUCAUGGGAGUUAAGCGAGUGAGAAACAACUGGGAAAGUAAGAGACCGAAAACUUCCGGAGCAGACUACAGACAUGUGGAGAUCACUGAUCUUAAACAGAACAACGAAAAACCAAACUCUAUCGCUCCGUGGUUGAGAAAAGACGACCAGAGUGUUAAAUUAGCUCAGGGAAUUCCCACUUCCAAGAGAGACUCUUACGUUGAUCAGAUAAACCCAAGUAGUCCUCAAGAACUGAAUUCCGACAAAUUAUUUCAAAGCGUAACUUCAAUACAAGCCAUUACAAGAUCUCGAAACGCUUGGAUGUGCUCCAUAUGUGGGAAAGAAAAAGUCCUAGAAGGCUUGGGGGAUAAAUUUGCCCACACAGUGCUGGUAUAUAAAGGCUUGAAUAAAAUAUUAAACAAUCUUCAAUUAAAGUCAACAUCAGCACUGCAGGAAGACCCUGAGACGAUUUCGGAAGUGCCCAAAGAAAAGAAAGCCAGUUCUCGAUGUUUAUGCCACGCUAAGAAAACCAGCAUUACAGAAAAGCCUGACAAAAGACUGUCUCAGACGACUUCAACGUUGACGUAUCCACCAACCCAAGAUGGAAGUUUGAAAUCCCCAAGAUUCUCAACAAGUUCACUACAGUCGCAGCAAAGCAGACGAAGUUCUAAGAGUAAGAACUCUUUCUCGGGUGCAGGAAGCAGUUCUGACAUCUCCAGCCGCGUCAACGAUGAAACAAAGAUUAAGAAAGCGUCUUUGUCCAGCUGUAACCACGAUAAACGACCAUUACAUGCAAGUACAAUGCUUGUUGAUUAUGUUGCGGCUUUAACCGUCGAUAUUCCUACCAAUGAGGUUAAUGACAAUCAAGUCGACUACCGAGACAAUGGUGUAUCGAAUACCGAUAUCGAACCAGAUAACACAGAACCAAACAUUCGAAGUAAUCGAAGUCAUCUGCAUGACAAAGAUGAAUCGAACGCAGACGAUUCAAAUAGCAAUGGCUUGAGAGAAUCAAAACAAGACGAUAAAACCAAUGAAGCGGAAACAAACUUGACAAAUAAUGUUUUACUACCUAGCGGGCUUGCCACAAAUCUUAAUGAUAAUAAAAACUUAGACUUCAAGUGUAAUAACACAGCAUCUAAAACACCGCAGUCUAAUGCAUCUGAAACCAUUUUGACGAAAGAUAUCUUAAGCAACUGUAUGAAAUCAGAAUCUUCUACAGAAAAUUAUCAAGGGUACUCAUUCAGCAAAGCGAAUAAAACUACUAGAAUAAACCUAGAAACCGAAGUCGGAAAACCUGAAGAUACAAUUACUAUUGACUUAAAGGCAGGUGAGCUCUUUUUUCAAAGGGCUGCAGAAACUAUUAAAGCCAAAUUAACUGAAAGGCGAUCAAUGGAGACUCUGAUUGUCAGUGCUGACAAAAGGCAUCCUAGAGUCAGAAAACACGAGACUCUGAAAAGUCCAAAUGUCGACGGUAAAACUCAAGAUAAUAGUGGUGGUUUGAACAAAGGUAACAAUAAUGGAGUUACCCAAAAGACUGAAAUUAACGCAGAGAAAUCUAAAAACUAUGUCAUAAUGCUAGAGAAACGAGACAAAAGAAGUAAAAACAACGAAACAAUAGUGGCAAGCAAUCACCCUGAACACAUACACAUGGCCAGUUCUCCCAACCAGAAUAAUUCUUCAACACGGGACGUUCAGGUCGAUAAUCUGCUUGAACAAUCUGCCUACGUCGCUAGAAAUUCUGCGACAGUUACACCGCACAAAGACAACUUAGUUGAACAUUUCCCAGAUGCAACUACGCAAAAUCAUGUCAGAGACAAUACUGGUCUUCAACUAUUCAAUGAUAACUCUACAGGUUCUGCUUCCCCAAUGGAAAUGAUUCUACCUUCCAGUGCAAGAGCACGAAGUGCCAGGGAAGCGUUACGGAAACAGACUGUUGAAUUCAAAGGGAUCAUCAUAAAGAACUACAUCCCACCGCAGCUUCGUUACAAGACGGCGGCCAGCGACAAACUGAAGAGACCACUGAGCGUGCAAUGGCACCCCACAUCCGGUGCCGUGGUCACGGUACACGAGAAGUCUGACAAAGCCAGACUUAUUGAUCUCGUUUUUCCUAAACAAGCUCGCCAGAGACAGCUGCUUCAGAUGAUCGAAAACAAUCACCGGAAACUGCCCUCCACAGCCACUUUUAUCGCCGACGCUGAUCUACGUCGGCGUAUUGAUAUAUUUUUACAGUCUGUGGAACCGUUUUGUCGUCGUUAGAGUUUUUUUUUUUUUUUUUAUGUAGAGAACAAACGAAUACUCACUGAACUAUGUAAUACACGGGGCAAUAGGGAAAAAUAUUUACGAUUCUUUUUUCAACUAGAAUUUAAAAGAAAAUUACUUUGAUGAUAAGGGAGAGAAAAGUUUCAACAUUCCACUUCUCCCAACUUUUUUGGGUGUGUUCUUAAUCCCGUACGAAUAGCGGCAUACAAGCAGAUCUUAAUUGACAUCUAAAAUAAAGACCAUUCGGAUAUUUACUCUGGAGCAGACGCCAUAUUGUUUAGUUUAUAUGCAGCACAUUUCAUUCUUCUUUUUUUUCUUCUCUUCCCCCCCCCCCCCCGGAACUAAACACCAAAGGGUCGUGAAGCUGGCAUCAUUAAAUACAUUUUGUCAGUCAAUCAGGUCAUUGUGUUAUUUCCCUUGAACCGGACGUUUGAGCACUUUAGAAAAGCAAAUGUAGGCCUAUGCACCGAAGUUUGAACAAUAUUUUAAAUUUAAAGAGAUUAUUGUUACUAUAGCAUCAUUAUGCCAAAAAGGGAAACUUAAUUUAUUGUAGUCCCCCCUUAAUAAUUACUACUGAGAAAUUUGCUAAUGAUGUGUCUACAGCAGUACUACACUAUGAUAGCAGUCUUCUUUACAAUGUUCAGAGUCUAAAGAUGUCUGCGAGGUCAGGGGUCACCACUACCUUCGCUUGUUACUGAAGCUAUUAUUCCCCUUGCUAUUUAUCUUUAAGCUCUUUCUGUUGAUUCGCCUUAGUGCUGCGCAGUACUUCUUUUUGAUAGCCAGAGUACAUUUCUAGACCUUGAUGAAUGCUGUUCAGUCAGACUGGCAUCAUUUUAGUUGGUACAUUCCUAGACCUUGGAGAAUGCUGUUCAGUCUGUCUGGCACCAUUUCAGUUGGUACAUUCCCAGACCUUGGUGAAGACUGUUCAGUGUCUGGCAUCAUCUUAGUUGCAGAAGCUAUCGCAAAAGGAACAUAGCUUAUUAGAUUUACAUUAAUAAAUAUAAGAUCACAUUUACUACAAGGUUUGUUAUAUGUUAAACUCAAAUAGGACGAUGUUCAACUUAUUUUUAAUGAAAUAUAUAGAAAAUAAUAGACUGACCUAUUCAAUCAAUUAGAUUUUGUGAAUGUCAAAUGUCAGCCGAACGCUUCGAAUAACUUAUUUCUCCUAACAAAUAUGUAGACACACCUACUCUCAGAAUUGUACAUAUCUGUGGUAUUGUUAUUGUGACUAGGUGCCAUGCAACUAUCGGCAAAGUAUUUGUUAUCAACUGAAUGUUGUUUUAAUAUUGAUUCUAUUAUAUAUAGCCCUGUGGGGAUUGUAAUUAGCCAUGUCAGUUUGGUUUUCUAUACCUACACAGUGAUAUUCUCAGACCCUUCUACCUUUUAUAGUGAUACUAUGGAAUAAACCAUUACAGGAAAUAAAUGCUACAAACAACAGUGGAUAUCAUAUACAAUUCUCAUUCAUAUGUAUAUGUCAUCUAAGAUAAAAUAUUUAUUUUGUGAAGAUGGAAAGAUGCUGAAAGUCUGUUGUUAUUGUCCAUAGCAAUCAGAUUAGCAUGUAAGUUAUAUUUCUACAGAAAGGAAAGGAUAUUGAUAUGUUUUGUUAAUAGUACAAUGUUAUAAUUGUUUGUAUUGAUUUGGUAUUAUGUAUUGUUCUAUAGAAUGGGAAGGAUGUUGAUGUAUGCAUUAAUAGAAUUAUGCUCCUUGUCUGUGUUUCAUGUUUCUAAGCUGUUUAACCAAGACGGCGCUAUAAUAAACAUAUUGAAAGUUGCAGUCCAAACCUUG